AUGGCAAAGUUUCCCAUGGCGGCGACCGUCGUCUGCGCCGUGGUCCUUGCGGCUCUGGCAGCCGCGGCCGGCGGUGAGGCUGCGGUCGUGGAGCACACCUUUGUGGUGCACGAGAUGAACCAGACACACCUGUGCAACACGACCAAGAUCUACGUGGUGAACGGGCAGCUCCCAGGCCCCACGAUCGACAUCACCGAUGGCGACACGGUGGUCGUCGACGUCGUGAACCGUCUCCCCCACGGCCUCACCAUCCACUGGCAUGGCGUCCGGCAGAUGAGGAGCUGCUGGUCCGACGGCGCUGGCUUCAUCACCGAGUGCCCCAUCCCUCCCGGCGGCAACCGCGUCUACCGCUUCAACGUCACCGGCCAGGUCGGCACGCUGUGGUGGCACGCCCAUGUCACCUGCCUCCGAGCCACCGUUGCCGGAGCCUUCAUCAUCCGGCCCAAGGGCGGAAGGUACCCGUUCCCAACCCCGACCAAGGACGUGCCCAUCAUCAUCGGCGAGUGGUGGCAGCUCGACCUCAUCGAGCUCGACAGGAGGAUGAACAGCGGCAACUUCGACGACAACCCGGUAGCGGCGACCAUCAAUGGUAAGCUCGGCGACCUCGGCAACUGCUCAGGGAAGCCGGAAGAGAGCUUCGUUAUCGACGUGGUGCGCGGGAAGACCUACCUGCUGCGUAUCUUGAACACGGCACUUUUCUCUGAAUACUACUUCAAAGUGGCCGGGCACACGUUCACGGUGGUCGGCGCUGACGGGAACUACCUGACGCCGUACAAGACGGACAUGGUGACUGUCGCGCCAGGUGAGGCCAUCGACGUGCUCAUGGCUGCUGAUGCCCCGCCGGCACACUACCACAUGGUGGCACUCGCAAACCAGCCACCUGAGCCUGACACCCAGAUCCCGGCAUAUGUCUCCCGUGGCCUCGUCCGCUAUGCCGGAUCCGACAAAAACAACAACGGGCUUCCUGUGGCGAUGCCGCUCAUGCCAGACCAGCACAACACCAUGCCGUCCUUCUACUUCCACAACAACCUCACCGGCCUCGCCCACCCGGACCGGAAUCGCGUCCCCAUGCAUGUCGACGAGCGCCUCUUCUUCACGCUCGGCCUCGGCUCCAUCUGUCGGGGCAAUGCGACGUCCUGCAAGCGCCGGAGGAGUCCCGAGAGCAUCGUGGUAGCCACCAUGAACAACGUCUCCUUCCGCCACCCGACCAACGCGUCCCUCCUAGAGAGGUACUACGAGGGCCGGACGAGUGGUCUCUACACGGAAGACCUCCCCGAUCGCCCAGCGCGCCCGUACAACUACACGGACCGUGACUUGAUCCCGCUGGGACCACUGGAGGAGGCGCUGGAGCUAAGGCCGACGAUCAAGGCCACCAAGCUCCGGAGGUUCCGGUACAACACAUCCGUGGAGAUCAUCUUCCAGAGCACUGCGCUUUUGCAGAGUGACUCCAACCCGAUGCACCUCCAUGGAUAUGACUUCUUCGUCCUCGCCAUGGGGCUUGGCAACUACGAUCCCAAGACAGACCCCGAGAAGUUCAACUACCACAACCCACAGCUAAGAAAUACAGUGGAGGUGCCUAGGACCGGAUGGGCUGCCGUGCGCUUCGUAACCGACAACCCUGGGAUGUGGUACUUGCAUUGUCACUACGAGUUCCACAUCAUCAUGGGCAUGGCCACAGCGUUCAUCGUCGAGAAUGGGCCCACGCCGGAGACCAGCCUGCCCCCGCCGCCGCCAGAAUUCAAGACAUGUGGCGCCAAUGUCUUCACUCAACCAUAA